CAAAGACUGUGUCACUGCUUUGGGGAAUGUUUUCUAGAGCUUCCAGAAAUGCCUCAGUAAGUCAGGACUGACACACCAAGUGACUGCUUUGCUGCUAGAGCUCUUAACAUGAAGGGCCAGGAGCGACCCUGGCAAACGCAGGGCUGACGUGUGUGGGAACAGUGGGAGUGACCCUGGCAGGGAAGCGGGGGAGGCCUGGAUAUUGUUUCUCUAUCCCCUGUCCUGCUGCUCUCUGCCCUGGGCUCAGAGCUGUCAAGCACCCGAGGAUGGCGUUCCCGGGCAGGGCGCGCCCCUAUGUUAUCCCAGAGAAUGAAGAAAUCCCCCAGGCAGCCCUUAACAGUGUCCACCAGGCUAAUGGCAGUGAAGACGAGAGGGCUGUGUCCAAACUGCAGCGCAGGCACAGUGACGUAAAGGUCUACAAGGAGUUUUGUGACUUCUAUGCGAAAUUCAACAUGGCCAAUGCCCUGGCCAACGCCACCUGUGAGCGCUGCAAGGGGGGCUUUGCGCCCGCCGAGAAGAUAGUGAACAGUAACGGGGAGCUGUACCACGAGCAGUGCUUUGUGUGUGCUCAGUGUUUCCAGCAGUUCCCAGAGGGGCUCUUCUAUGAGUUUGAAGGAAGGAAGUACUGUGAACAUGACUUUCAGAUGCUCUUUGCUCCUUGCUGUCAUCAGUGUGGUGAAUUCAUCAUUGGCCGGGUGAUCAAAGCCAUGAAUAACAGCUGGCAUCCUGAGUGCUUCCGCUGUGACCUCUGCCAGGAAGUUCUGGCGGAUAUUGGGUUUGUCAAGAAUGCUGGGAGACAUCUAUGUCGUCCCUGUCAUAAUCGUGAGAAAGCCAGAGGCCUUGGAAAAUACAUCUGCCAGAAAUGCCAUGCCAUCAUUGAUGAGCAGCCGCUGAUAUUCAAGAAUGACCCUUACCAUCCAGACCAUUUCAACUGUGCCAACUGCGGGAAGGAGCUGACGGCUGACGCCCGGGAGCUGAAAGGAGAGCUGUACUGCCUGCCAUGCCACGAUAAGAUGGGGGUCCCGAUCUGCGGUGCUUGCCGACGGCCCAUCGAAGGGCGCGUGGUGAAUGCCAUGGGCAAACAGUGGCAUGUGGAGCAUUUUGUUUGUGCCAAGUGUGAAAAGCCAUUUCUUGGACAUCGCCAUUAUGAAAGGAAGGGCCUGGCAUAUUGUGAAACCCACUAUAACCAGCUAUUUGGUGAUGUUUGCUUCCAUUGUAACCGUGUUAUAGAAGGUGAUGUGGUCUCUGCUCUUAAUAAGGCCUGGUGUGUGAACUGUUUUGCCUGUUCCACCUGCAACACUAAAUUAACACUCAAGAAUAAAUUUGUGGAGUUUGACAUGAAGCCAGUCUGUAAGAAGUGCUAUGAGAAAUUUCCGUUGGAGCUGAAGAAAAGACUUAAGAAACUAGCUGAGACCUUAGGAAGGAAGUAACUUCCUUUGUUUUUUCUCUUCUACGCAAAGAGAUUACCAACGUUACUUGACUUGAUCCACUCUAGAGCUGUAUCUCAAAAUAGUUGAGAGUGAAGAGGGCCUGUAUGAAUGGUUUUCUUCAUCUCCUUCUUCUCAUUAAAAAAGAAAAAAAGGCUGUGUAAUCAUAUUUAAAACACAGAUGAAGUCAAGAUUUGCUUUUGUUAAUAACCCUUAUCAAUUUGUCAAAAUGUAGAUUGUACUUAACAGCAAAAAACACAUGGCUUAGAUGUUAGAUUUUAACUAAGGUCCAAAAAAAUUAACUUCUAAAAAUGAAAGUAGGGAGUCAGCUUUCACAUGGCUCAGAUAAAAAAUAGAAACAUUAUUUUACUUCGUAUUUGAAAGAAAAAUAAUUCCAACUGCUGUUGGAGAGAAUAGAAGGAAAAAAAAUAACCAGCCAAGAAAAACAAAUCUUACAGAAUCUGAGUAUGUUUAUCAAACUAGUAGCUAGUGGCUAUAAAAUGAAUAUACACAUUACUAAGACAAAAAACAAGUGCAUUCAGAACUACUUGAUUUCACUUUUUGUUAAAUGCAAUAAUUAUGCUUAGUUUUAUAUUUUGUUCUCCUUGUGAACUUCCUUAGUACAAUUACUUAACACAGUAGUUAUAGCUAGCUAAUAGUAUGCCUUUUUAAAUUUUGUGCAAAAAAAAUUUAUACUAGGCAUUUGAAAAUUCAGUAUACUUUACAAUAUUGGAAAAAAUGAAGUAUUUUUUAACGUAUUUACAGCAGUUAUGCUUCUAAGCUUAAGGUCAAAAAUGUAGUCUUAGGACACGAAAUUAAAUUUUAUGUAGCUUGGAAUGUAUCACUUAAAACAAGUGAAUGUAUAUGUAUUGGUCCUCCUACCUUUAUAACCAUGCUAAUGUCUAUGCUGUAUACGUAAUCAACCUUGCCUUGCCUUAGAAAAACAUAUGUUAUUCAGGAAUUCUAGCUGUUUCAUGCAAUACCAAAAAUAAGUGCAUUGAUUGAGAUUUGUAAACCCAAAUUCCUCUGUCACAGCUAUGGUGAUAUUGAUUUUUUAUUUUUCUCUCCUUUUUUUGGGAGAAAAAAUUGAAUUUAAUUAAUGGAAAUUAAUUUUUGUCAUCUUGUUAGAAGAAUGAUAUUGAUAGGUGUUUCAAGUUUUUCAUUUCACAUGUUGUAAUUGGAUUUUAUUUACUAUAAGGAGGAGGUAAAAAUGACACUUUUAAAUUGGGAGGAGGAUGUUUAAAUGUCAAUUUUAGGUCAAAAGUAGUGUAUUAUUCUACUUUAUAAAAAGUGUUUUUAGAAAGUUUAUCCUGAAGUUUUUGGACCAUUCUUUCUCGAUAAACUUGUAUGCAAAGCAAAUUUUGUGAACAUUUUUUAAAUAUUGCUGCUGCUGUGUUAUCAUUUAAAAGAAAGUUCCCAAGAUGGACUUUUAAGGAGGAAAUUACUGGUUUUUAAAAAAAUUGUUGAAAUAUUGUUUUGCCAUUAAAAAAAAAAAAAAACCCUCAGGAUGCUACCAAUCUGCCAUUAAAAUAUUUGUAUGCAUGUAUUUUUUUAAAAAUUUGUGCAUGCACUUUACAGAGUAGAUUCUAUUUCAGUUUUCAGAUAACUUAUAACCAAUUACUUUUUAGUGUUCUUUUAGAGUUCAAAGAAUUAUCAGUGGUUGAAAAUAAUCAAUAUAUAGUUUAAGACUUUGCAUCUGACAGUAAGAAUCAGAAUCCCUUCAGAAUGCCUUUGUCAGCGAAUACAUGACCGGCAAGGAAAACUUUGGAAGUAUUUAUUAAAUAUUAUACUAUGGAUAUAGGCAAAAUAGUACAGGCUUUGCAAUUUGGGAUCUUGAUGCUAAAUUGUCAAAUCCCCCUACACCAGAAAUAAGGGACAGAAAGCAAUUAUUUACCCAUAUUCUUAAUCACAUUGAAGAUGCAUGAACUGAGCUCAGCUGCUUUGCUUAACGUAUCUUACAUAGCCCGGCCUCUCCUGCAGCCAGAUGCGCACUGCUGUCUUUGCUCACUCCUCUUUUAAAAUAGGAAUUAAUAUUUCCUGGGGAAAUUAGAUUUGGUAACCCUCUACAACUUUAGGGUAUUUUGUCUAGAUACAGUACUUCUUUCCUGCUAGGGGCGUCACUGGAGUCCUUACCUGUGGGAAAGGAGGAGGAAGUCGCAAAGUUGCAAGUGGAAUAGAAGACAGGCUUGGUCGAAUUCAUGAUAUUUUUCGUGGGGUUUUCCCUAGCUGUGGAAAAACUCAGGCUAGUAAGCAUUUCUCUCUUUUUAAAGUCCUACAAGGCAAUUUGAAAUAAUUCAUUGUUCUCACCCAAUUUCUAAGUGCUCUUUUUCUUACCAAGCCUAUUAUAAUUGGG